GUACUUUUGAUCUUCCCCUGCCAGUUGCCACCAUGGAGGUUUUUGGUCUCUUUUUUCGAGGCAAAUGUUUUCAGGUGUAAUGGUUUCCUCGUUGCUGCUGCUUCCGGCGCAUUCCAUUCUAACACCAAGCCACGUUUGCUUCACUCUCUUCUUUUUCCAGGCAAUGAAACGUCUCAAAACAUUCUAAUUCUCUCUGGAGGCUUUACUUUCCUAAAAGGAAAAACAAAAUAUUUUUGUCAGAGCUACAAAAUUAAAGUCUUGACGUUUGGAAGUUCAAAGAGGGUUUGGGAGAAACAAUUGGGGUUCCAAAGAUAGUAGCUUUGGGAGUUUGAAGGAAGAAAAAUGGGGAGGAAGAACAGUAGGAGAAAGAAGGAAGACAUAGCAGAAGAUUACUGCUUCUUUUGCAAAGAUGGUGGGUUGCUCAGGGUCUGUGACUAUAGGAAGUGUCUCAAAAGUUUUCAUCCCCAGUGUGUGGGAAGGGACGAUUCUCUGUUGCAGACUGAAGAACGCUGGUUUUGUGGUUGGCACUUUUGCUUCAUUUGCAGUAAACCUGCCAAAUUUCAUUGCUUUUCUUGUCCAUCUGCUGUGUGUGGGCGCUGUCUUUGUGAUGCUGAAUUUGCGUUAGUCAAAGGGAAAAGGGGUUUCUGCAAUACAUGUUUAGAGCUUGUUCUGCUUAUAGAAGACAAGAAGGACGCCAACUCCAAUGGGUUGAAGGUAGAUUUCAAUGAUAGAGAAACGUAUGAAUUCUUUUUCAAAGGCUAUUGGAAGUUGGUGAAAGAAAAGGAAGGGUUAACUUCAGAACAAGUGCAUUCUUCAUAUCAAUUGUUGAAGGAUGGCAAAAAUUAUGAUUUUCAAGCAAACAAUUAUGGAGAAGAAGAAGCCAGUGACUUUAAAGAUGAUGGUCAGCUUACUGUUUCUGAGGAUGAUGAUUUGAGUGAUAACCAAGUGCAACGUAGGAAAAGAAAGGGAGUAAAGCUUUCUCUGACUAAAAGAAAGGGAAAGCCAAACAAAAAGGAAUUCCUUGGAUGGGCAUCAAAACAACUUACUGAAUUCCUCACAUCUGCUGGUAAAAGUGUGAUGCAAGAAUUGUCUCAGCAUGAUGUGGCUACCAUAGUUACAGAAUACUGCAGAGAACACAAGCUGUUUGACCCAGAAAAAAAGAAGAAAGUUGUUUGUGAUGAAAGAUUGCAGUCUCUUUUGGGAAGGAAAUCAGUCAACAAAAAUGGUAUUUAUAAGCUCCUGGCAGUUCAUUUUGCUGAGAACUGGGAGCAAUCAGAGGAUUCAGUAGGAUUUAGUUCAAAAGAAGAUGAUGAUAAUAUAUUAGUUCCUUGUAAACGGCAGCGAAAGUCUAGCCCUGAUCAAAAGUUUGAGGAAAAGGAAAUAGCUCUGAAUCCACGGCAAGGCUAUUGGGCAGCCAUAGUUUCUGCAAAUAUAAAGCUUGUCUAUCUGAAGAGGAGUUUGGUACAGGAGCUAUCAAAACAACUUGAUACAUUUUAUGGUAAAAUGAUGGGGAGUUUUGUGAGGGUAAAGUCAGACCCAAAUGACUACUUGCAGAAAAAUUCUCACAUGCUAGUGCAAGUUAAAGGCAUAAAAGAAACUUCAAAGGAAGGUAUGAAUUCUAUAAUUCUCUUGCAAGUUUCUAACAUGGUGAAUGAUGUUCCUGUUUGCAAGCUAUCAGAUGAUGACUUCACUGAGGAAGAAUGUGAGGAUUUAUAUCAGCGAAUGAGAAGUCGCCGGCUUGAAAGGCCAACUGUUGUGGAGCUUGAGCAGAAAGCCAGAAGCCUACAUAAGGAUAUAACCAAACAUUGGAUUAUGAGGGAGCUGGUUCUAUUGCAAAACCAGAUCAAUCGGGCAAAUGAGAAAGGAUGGAGGAGAGAACUCUCUGAGUACACGGAUAGAAUGCUAUUGCUUCAGAUGCCUGCAGAACAAUCACGCUUAAUACAUGAGAUUCCAGAAGUGGUUGCUGAUGUUGCAGAGCCUGAACCUGCCUCUGAGAACUCUCCCAGAGAAGACAAAGAAGAACAUAAAACCUUGUCAGAGUCAACCCUCAGAUCGGUUUCUAGAAUUCAAACAAGUAUCUUGGAGAACAAUGGAGUUUCUUGUUGCCGGAAUGAUGGAAUGGAUGAUGCAGAAGCAAAGCAGCAACCCACGAAAGCAUUUAUUUCUGAUGAUCAUCUUCAUCACUCUAAAUUUAUUGCUACUAGAGUUGAAGGUGAUAAAACAGAAAGGAAUCAACAUUUUCAACAAGUAAAACAGAGCUGUCCCGGGACAUCUGUUCCUCAGUUACUGCCAAAACAAUUUUCUGAUGGCCAAACCAAUACUGUUUAUCAGGAAAAGCAACAUAGUGAUGCCGCUGGGGAAAAGGUAAAUCAGCCAGCAAACAUUGGUGAAGUGGAAAAGCAAGUUGAAGUGAUUAUGUUAAGCGAUGAUGAAAAAGAUGCCAAGGUUGCAGUGAGCCAGCAACCAUUCGAGGAUCGGGAUUGGUAUUGUAUCAGUCCAACCGGUAACAUCAAGGGCCCUUACUCUAUGACAGUGCUUAAACAAUGGAGUGAGUCUAGCUGUUGCCAGUUACAAUUCAAGGUUUUGAAGAGUGGUCAGAGACCAGAAGAGGCAGUUCUUCUGACCGAUGCUAUCCCACGGAUUUUCAACAGCUAGUCAAGGAAUACCGUUUGCUGUCCAGAAGACAUGCCGGAGGCACAAAAGAGCAAUGCCAGCAACAGGAGCAUAGAACAAUAACUUCUGAUAUGAACUUCAAACAUUUUUGAAUACUUAUAGUUUGUUUUAGUUAAAUUACCAAAUUUUUGUGCAUGAAGCAGUAUAGUGAAAUACAGACAUACCCCUUUUGGUGGAAAAAGAAAUCCUACGACUAAAGUUUGGGUCUGAA